GGGUGGGGUCAUCUUUACUUAGCCCACCUUGUACUAAGUAUGAAUCAGUAGCCACCACAGGCCUCAGCUGGGCCACAUCUGGAGACCUGGGGUGGGGGGUAUAACAUCGUAAAAUACCUGGCCCCAGCCUCAUCACUCAUCCCUUUUUGGGCAUCAAGGAAACCAGCCUUUGGCCUGAGAACACGACACCUGAGACAAAGGCCAGUGGAAACAUUUGUCUGCCCUCACCCUUUCUGCCCCAGCUUCCACCUCCUCACCAUCUGUCCUCCCACUAAGGUCCAUGCCGCAUGUCAUCUCUCAGACACCCAAGAUGGCCCAGAGUGGGCGUCCUUCAGGUUUGCCUACACACGAGAACAUCUCUCCUAGUGUCACCCGAGUGAUAGUGAAGACAGCAGGCAAGGGGGAGGACUUUAUGAUAGCGGACGACACCUCUGUGAGGCAGUUCAAGGAGAAGCUAUCUUCUCACUUUGAGUGCCAAAUGGACCAACUAGUGCUGGUUUUCAUGGGCUGCCUUCUUAAAGACCAUGACACACUGAGACAGAGGGGCAUCCGAGACGGCCACACCAUUCAUUUGGUCAUCAAGUCCAAACAUAGGUCCAGAUCCCUAGCCCAUUCCUCCCAGAACUUGCUGACCAAAGAUCCCUGCCACCGGGACAGAAACACCAAAGGAAACAGCAGUGGGGUACACCAACUUGCCAGUGUGAGUCACACCCCGGUGGAAUCGGCCCUCCCUGUGGAGCCUGAUGCACCCAAAGUGCAUACCCAGGAUCUGGAAGUGGGUAAUCCAGAUUGCAUAGCACAGAUGCUACAGAAUCCUAGCAUCCAGCAGCUCCUGUCCAACACGGCCCCCAUGAGACAGUUCAUCUCAGAACACCCAGACGUGCAACAGCUGAUGCAGCAGAACCCAGAAGUCUCCAACCUCCUUGACAAUUCUGAGAUCCUAUGGCAGACUCUGGAGCUGGCCAGAAACCUUGCCAUGAUUCAGGAGAUAAUGCACAUCCAGCAACCUAAACAGAAUCUUGAGCAUCCACUAAACCCACAGUCAUACCCUGGCUUGGAGACAAUGCCAGGUGGGGACAAUCCCCUGGGCCGGAGUUAUGCUGAUUGCAAUGACCACAUGCUCAACAGCUUGCAAGAUCCCUUUGGGGGCAACCCUUUCACAGCUCUCCUGGAAGGACAUGUUUUAGAACCAGUUCAGUCCUCACCCCUGUCUCCACCACAACCCCAGGAACGGCGGGACCAGCUCCCACAGCUCCCUACAACCCGAGUCAUCUAUACUAGUUCCUGUGGUUUAUCCUCCAUCACCUCAGCCAAUGUUGCCCCUGACAAGGUGAACCAUACUUCCAGGGCCAGUACUACCACUAUCUCCACCAAAGACCGGAGUCAUAACUGGGCCUUUCAGCAGCCGGCUGGUGUACCAGCCUUACCUAGCAUAGAGCUUACCCAGCAGCCCCAGGCAGAGGACAAAGAUGCCACCACCUCUCGAGAUAGCUCUGACCAGAAAUUAAAGGAUGAUCCCCAGCUGUCGGAUGAGCAGAGCAGCUCCCAGAUCACAGGAAGCAUGGUGCAGUUGCUUUUGAAUAACCCCUACUUGGCAGCCCAGAUGAUGUUGUUCAUAAGUAUGCCCCAGCUGAGUGAACAGUGUAGGCAGCAGCUGCCCACAUUCCUGCAGCAGACACAGGUUUCCGACAUGCUUCUGGCCCUAGCCAACCCUAAAGCAUCACAAGCAAUAUUGCAUAUUGAGCAGGGUCUGCAGCUGUUGGCCACAGAGGCUCCUGUUCUUCUACCCUGGGUUGCACCCUAUCUAUGGGGCCUGGGUUGGCUUCCUUCACCCAGCUGCAGCUACCCUGACACAGUGCCCUGGGCCUGGGAUGUGCCAGAUAUGGCUGAACCCAAAGGUCCUGAGUGCUGCCACAAAUCUGGAGCAGCCCUGCAGAGGCUACAGUCCUUAGCUGGAGACUCUUCCCACCUUCCACAAGCCCCUGAGAUUCGUUUCAGCCAGCAAAUGGAAUCUCUCCAGGCCAUGGGAUUUGGGAACCACCAUGCCAAUCUGCAGGCACUCAUCGCUACUGAGGGGGACACCGGUGCUGCUAUUCGCAAGCUCAAGAGAUCCCAGGGAUUCUAACCACCAUGCCUACUUCUGUGCUUCUUGUUACCUGCCUGCUGACCCAUUUGACUACAUCAUCUGCUCCUUCCACCUCUUCCAAUGCUUCCAGCCAGGAAGCAUUGGCCAUGGGUAAAAGAUCUGUCAGUAAAAUGGCUACUCCCACAUGCCCACA